AUGCUGGCUUCUGCCUCCCGAAGAGUAGUUGUGCACCAACAGCUGCUGCCGAAGAGCUGUUUGUGCGGGCGACCUCUGCGAUACAGCAGCAGGCAAGACCAGGCAUGGUGGGAUGAGGAGUUGGAUCGACGCCGCCGUGGCACCAAAGUAGGGCGUCAGGAAGCUGUGAAGCAGGAGGAAAGAAAGCCUGGUAUCCAGUUGGAGGCGCAACGAAGACCGGAGCGCCAGGAGAUCCAGCAGAGCGCAGCGGAGCUGCAGCUCUUUGCGUCUGCUGAGAGCCAGCGACCUCCCUGGGCAGUGAUAUUUCUCUUGCUGGCCUCUGGUGGGCUUACAGCUGCUGCGACUGCCUUGUGGGCAAAGGUCAGUCAAUCGCAAUCCCUGGAAGAGCUUCAAGAAGAGCUGAAAAAAUUCUGCGGGGUGAUUUCGGGAUGCUCCGUCAGCUUGCCGCAGCUGCAGGCUGGCGAAGUCCAUCGCCUCUUGGCGGCUUCGCUCCUCCGCGCUGGUGAGCGACCUGCAAGACUAUUCACAGACACGGUACUCUUCUUCUGCUGCGGGACCCUGUUGGAACGACUGUAUGGAUCUACAUUUCUGCUGCAGCUGAUUCUUGGGUCAACCGUUUUCAGCAACGUCUCCGCUCUCUAUCUACAUCAACACUUGAUAGCUCCAAGCGGUGAUCCUGCAGGAUCCAUCUCCUCGAGCUCUGCUGCAGUUGUGACACUCGGAACCUUUUGUGCCUUGCGACACGGCCGGUGGGCUGCGUGGCGAGGUGUUCCGGUCCCAAUCUCUUGGCUGAUGGCACCUGUGCUGGAGCUCAAGGAGUCCACGUGGCCGAGCCCGAAGGGACAGCCGCGACCGCCGCCACCGAAAUCGGAGAUCGCGGUCGCGUCCGAGGAAGGGCCAGUAGAAACGUUUCGGUGGAAUGUCACGUGGGUAGUUCCGGCCGAACAUGAGCUUGUCCGAUUUGGCUACAGGAGCAAAGAGAAGCGACGGGCGCAGGCCCAGGAGUAUCGUAUCCCUCCACCGAAGACCCGCAUGGAUGCAGCGAAUGCACCACCUUCCAUAACGGAGGCUCAGAAGGCAGCCUCCAUCGAACACGGGGGCUACCUCUAUGCUACAAUCGAUUUCACACCGGCAGUGCAGAAUGCACCCUGGUCUACAGAGGCACCCACGCAGUACGACUAUCAGACGAAGUCCGACAUCUCGGUGACUCGCUCCAAAACCUUGCCGAGAGGAUGGGAGCUGGUGAAAGGCCCGCCUCCGGAUGACAUCAAGGAGCUUAUCAAGAUCCACCCAUGGGGCACUCAUCUUUUGGUCACCGAGGGUGGAAAUGCCUACUGGACCCACGCUGGCGACAAUCCGGGCGCCAUGGAAGCCAUCUGGGAUUACGACAAAUACCCUGGCAGGUAUCAGCUCAAGCCCAGGUAUGGCCGGGUUGCUGAUCUCUCGCUUGCACGAGCCUACCUACAUGACCUUGCUCUUUACAGGGCGGAAGCAAAAGAAGCCGAAGCAGCCCAAGCCGAGGUUGCUCAAGGCUCAGGAAUCCAGCGGUCCAUUGCGCUGGCCGCAUGCCUUGCGGUUGAGGAUGCUGCUCGCAGUCACUUCCGGCCACCGGCACAAGACAUCGUGUCCUGGCGGAUUGAUCUCGAGAUCACUGCCGACGAGGAUCCCCCGGCGCCUCCCGAG